AAAGAAAAUACUUUUCAAAUCACAUUAUAAAAGUGAUAACAUCACCGGUUGGUUAUCCGUUUUAAUACAACCUAAAUUACAGAUAGAAACUAACAAAAAGUCAGGCCCAAAAUGUGGAACUAUCGUCAGAAAGUUGAUUUGGAAACAUCGGUAAAGAUAUCGCCGUAUUGCAAUUCUUGGCCAUCGGCUUGUUGGUUUACUCUUAAAGGCAUUGAUUUGUUGAAACUUCUGGUAUUGGAAAGAUCACCAACUUACCUGGUGAUUCUUACGAUUGUCCUUAUCGUACUCCUCUUACUUGUAUUUAAAAGAUUCAAACACAAAUGGAACGAUGUGCCUAUGUCGGAGAUUGAGUCACUGAGAAAACGUGUUAAGUUUGUAACCAAGGAUAUGGCCAUGCUGCAAGAAGCCCUAAAUUCGACCGUAAUACCCAAGCCGCCGCUAGCGAUUUCUGAUGAUAUUAGGAGUAAUAUUAAUUACUUGGAUGAACCAGAGUCCAACGCAAAUGAUGACAAACUUUCAGAAUUUAAAGAAAUCUUUGAUCCUUUCCCCCCAGAAUUCGACAAAAUUAGUGAAACUAAAGCGCUAGUACGAGAAGAAAAUAAACCGGAGCCUGUGAUUCCAGACGCCGAACCUCGAGAAGAUUCCGUAGUAAAAAAUAGGGUGCGAUUUGCUCUAACAGAUCAGGGAAAACCAGCCAAAGAUGAGACCAAGCACAUUAAUAUAGCGAAACCCACGAAGAUUAUAGCUGAAAAUAAUGUAUCCGUGGAAAAUAGAAAUAUGCGUAAACGGUCAUCUCCUUCAAACACGAAAACGGGAUGGAAGCUCUAGAUCUAUUUUCAGGAAUUUUCAUAUUGAAAUUUCAUUAAAAUUGUAGUGCUCGAAUUUGUAAUAAACCAUUCAUAGUGAUUUGUAU